AAUCUUCUCUUUAUACCCCAAUUCCAACAGGCCCUGAGAAAAUAACAACAAAUUCUCUGAGCCUAAGGGGAAAAAAAAUGAAAAGCAUGACUUCACAAAAAUUGAGUUGUUGUUUAUUAUUAACCAUGGCUACCCUUCUUUUCCUCACAAAGAGCAGUGAGGCUCAUGUAGUUGGUCAAAUGAGCCCAUAUUGCAAGACUUGCACUAUACCAAAUUUGUGCAAUAGGGUUGUUAACGGAGCAACAAAUUGGAAUGAAGCUAUGGUGAAAAGCAUAGACGCAUGUACACAAAUUGCAUACAGGAUCCACAACGUGACCAAUAAAAUACUUCCACAAAUCAAUGGCGUUGAACCACAAACAAAAACAUCAAUUCAAAAUACUUGUAAAGAGGCUAUGGAUAGUGCAGUGAGUGAUCUUGAAGAAGCCAUGAAGGCACUCAAUAAGAACGAUCCAGGAUCGAUGAUCUCGAAUUUAGCAUCUUUACAUACAGAUUGUGCUGAUGCAUUGGAACAAUUUGGGAUCAAGUUUUUGCCCCUCACUAAAGUUGUUGGCCGAUACAUUAAGUUUAUGUCCGUUGCUCUGUCUGUUGCUCAGAUUCAGCACUAAACCUCUUCACGAUUAAUGUAUGCAUGGCUAUACUUAGAAGGGAGUUCAAACUUAAACGAAUGUAUGCAGUUAAAAAAUCAUUAAAAUCUGCUUGAUCUUCUGUAUUUUAAUGAUUCUUCAUAUAUUUUAUUUGCCUAGCUUCUCGAUAUGUGCAUUGCACGCGGAUGACGAAUCAUGUACUCAAGAUAAUAAGCUAUCGUUUAAAAUUGAAAUGCCACAUUACGUAAAAUAACAU